AAAGUAACCGAUCACAUAAAAAGGUUAGUUAGUAAUGACUCUUGUUUCUUUGAAAAGAAGCUAAAUUGAAAAAGAUAUAUUGUGAUAUUGCGGCUGCGGCUAGUCUUUGCUAUAGGAGGGCGACCUCCUUGGCAGGGUUCUUGAGUUUUUGGAACUCAAGAACCGUGAAUGGCUGUGAUUGCGCUGUAAAUAACUGUGAUCAUACUGGCCUGCUGGGGAAAAAAAAUCCCAAAACGUCACACGAGAAUUGUUUAUUCUUGAAGACAUUUAUUUCGACGAAUUAAUUAAUUCUAUUUGCACUAACUUGCCAAGGUAUCAAGAAUCGUUAAGAAACCUCAAGAAAAAUGGAUAUGAGAUUAUUGGCUACGCCAGAAAAUCACCAACAGGUGAGGACGAUACUAGUAGAACAAGACUUCUCAAAUCCAUGAUAUCAAAUAUAAAAGAGCGAUCUUUUGCGACCAAAAUUUUCGUUUCACCUUGCAGCUGGGCUUCUAUGCCACUUGAAAUGCGUGACUUACAGACCAAUUCAGCUAUAAUGGACGAUUUAGACGCUGAUGGUAACACCCAAGAUUUGCUCACGUACCUUAAAUCUGCUAGUCAUGAUAUUUGCUUGGUUGCCCUUGACUUUGCCGGUAUUACAACAAGAAGCGAAGAUAUCAUCAAGUUGGUUGAAACAAAUCCAUCUUUAAAAAGGAUUGCAAUUGAAAUCUUUGCCCAAAGCAAUGAGGUGUUUAUUUUUGACACUGAAAAAUUAGUUGAUGAUUAUGAUUUGUUACAAAAGUUCGAGGAUAGAAAUUAUUGCAUUCAAAGAUCAAAAUAAUUUAACAAUUGCUAGAAUAUAAAUUAUUUUAUUUAAAGAUCAAAAUAAAUUAACAAUUGUCAGAAUAUAAAUGAUACCUUUCAGGAUCAUUACGGAUUCGCUCCGUUGAGACUAGUGUUCGAACUUUUCGAGCUUGCACCGAUCUUGCGCCAGUUUGAACGAA